AUGAAAAGUUCUUGGUUGCCGGCAACAUCACGGAAAUUCAUACGCCAUCAUGGAAACCAUCAAGAAACAACGAGAAAUGUGCUUUAUUUGGAGAGCGGAAAUUACCUACCAGUCUGCAGCAUUGGUAGUCAUGGUAGGGAUUUUGAAUUACAUCCUUCUUGCAAGAGAAAUUUCAGCAUGACAUGUUUUUGUUCCAAGAGUAAUCUCCGUCAUCAUCAUCGUGAAAUUACUAAAAUAAUAGGUAGCACUCAAUAUGCCCAUCCAAUCACCACUCAUCAUAAUCCAUCAGCAACAACAAUUUUGAAUUCAAAAAGCCAAUUACGUUCCUACAAAACAAGCUCUUCCGAUGAUAGACGAUCAUUAAUUAAAAAGGAAGAGAACAAUAUUUCAACUAUGAUAUCUUUGAUUCACUCUCAUUUGGAUCAAGGUGUGGAUUUUACAAAGGCUGAAGAAAGAGAUGUUUGGGUGGAAACACUGUUAUCACAUUUAGAAGACAUUGCAAAAUGUAUUGAAAAGAUUACGUGGCUUGAAGGAACCAAGUCCUUUAGUACCACUGAGCAGGAAGAGCCAGUUUUUACCACGUUAUUUGAUAAUCCUUUUGAAACAAAUGAAGAGGAAUUGUCAAAAUCAUCAAGUCAAUUGGAAAAUUUAAUUAUCAGAGUUUUGGACGUUCUACAUGGCUACGGAAAGCAGAAGGAGGUACAACAAGUGGAAAGUACCCUCUCAUUGUCUAGUAUCGGACUGGACGUUUAUUCAAUCAUGAAAAGAUAUGCUCUUGAGUUUGAAAGAGCUUCACCAAAAGAACUUUCCAAAUUUUUAGAACAAGAGUGCUUCUUUUCGUUAAAUCAGAACGUGAUGAAUUUUCUACUUCGGUAUUUUGCAGAUAUCAAAGAUAAAUCAAAUACUGUAAUAGUGCUGAAGGAUAUGCAACAACUGCAGCUUGGUGCCAACGAGCAAACCUACAAUAUUUUAAUUAGAUUUGCCAUGUAUGGCAACGACCAAAACCAAGUACUGAAAUUGGUGAAACACAUGAAACAACAAGGGUUGGAAUUGAAUCAGGAAACAAAGGAUUUGUUACGGAAGAAUAGAUUAAUAUAA